UUUUCCCAUUCCCACGGCUCGGCGGUUGCAAUGGGAGCCUUCCCGACUGCCGUGCCGCAAGGCGGUGGGAAGUCCCCUUAUUGCUAAUGCUAUAAAGCUCAUAUCCUCUCCCUUGAACAGUCCAGCCCAAGAUGGUUAGAAUGUACUCGUAUCUUUAACCAUUUUUCCGCCCAACCCCCAACUCGAAAGACUACACUCGAAGAAGCAGUUAUCUCCUUAAGCACAAACCAGCAAAAUUAAGGCGGAGUGAUGGCGGAGAUGGCGGCGGAGAAGAAGAAGAAGAGGAGGAGUUUACCGGUGAUACCAUGGAUGAGAGACCCCGUCGAUGUCAGUCUAUCCGAUUCAUGCCCUCUCAGCUCCAUUCCUUUCCUCGACUCCAGGUUAGAGACCGCGCUGCGGAGUAAGGGUUUCGAUUCACUGUUUCCAGUGCAGGCAGCUGUUUGGCAUGAGACAAUCGGUCCAGGUUCAUUCGAGCGUGAUCUUUGCAUAAAUUCACCUACGGGGAGCGGGAAGACCCUCGCGUAUGCUCUUCCGAUUGUGCAGAUGCUGUCCACCCGCACGAUUAAAUGCCUUCGAGCUCUGGUGGUGCUUCCUACUCGCGACUUGGCUGUGCAGGUGAAGGAAGUUUUUGCUACUUUGGCUCCUGCGGUGGGAUUGUCGGUGGGCUUAGCAGUUGGUCAAUCGUCUAUUGCUGAUGAAAUCUCUGAGCUUAUCACGAAACCUACUAUGGGUAUUGGUGUUUGUGAUUCUGAUGAUUUCAGCCAGGAGAUAAGAAGUUCAGUAGACAUACUUGUAGCAACACCUGGACGGCUGAUGGACCACAUUAACCAUACCAAGGGCUUCACAGUCGAGCAUCUUUGUUAUCUUGUGGUUGAUGAAACAGACCGAUUACUUAGGGAAGCUUAUCAAUCCUGGCUGCCUACUGUCCUUCAGUUGGCACGGUCUUCAACUAAUAGUCAGUUUCCCUUUGGGGACGCCAUCAACCGUCCUGCAUUUGUCUUCCUAAAGACAGUUAGGAGUUUUGGUGUCGAGAGGGGAUUUAAGGGUCAGCCAUAUCCACGGCUUGCGAAGAUGGUUCUGUCUGCCACACUAACUCAGGACCCAAGUAAGCUCGCUCAACUCGAUCUUCACCAUCCAUUGUUCUUGACGACUGGAAAAAGCCGGUACCAGUUCCCUGAGAAUUUGAAAUCUUAUAAAUUGGUGUGUACAUCAAAUCUUAAACCACUUUAUCUACUUGCACUUUUGGGGACUUUGCAAGGGGACAAAUGUAUUGUUUUCACUUCAUCUGUGGAGUCCAAUCACCGGCUCUGCACUUUGCUGAAUUUCUUUGAUGACCUUCAAAUUAAGAUUAAAGAGUACUCUCGUCUUCAACGUCAGUCUGUAAGAAGCAAAACAUUGAGGUCAUUUAGAGAAGGAGAAACACAAGUUCUUAUAUCCUCUGAUGCAAUGACUCGUGGAAUGGAUGUUGAAGGGGUUAAAAAUGUAAUCAAUUAUGACAUGCCCCGAUUCAUCAAGACCUAUAUUCACCGUGCUGGUCGAACUGCGAGGGCUGGGCAGAGUGGCCGUUGCUUUACACUUCUGCGCAACGAUGAGGUUAUUCGAUUUAAGAAACUUUUACAAAAAGCCGACAACGAAUCCUGUGCCGAAUAUUCUGUUCCAUCUGAAUCGAUAGAGUCACUUCGUACCAUGUAUACCACAGCUCUGGAGAGAUUGAAAGAGAGCGUUGAAUCAGAAAAGCACAAGAAAGCCAGGGUUAAUAUCAAGAGCCGCGGCGUUGCUAAGAAAAAUGACAAAUCUGCUUAAAGGAGUUAGGAGGAAAGAAUAUAGUUCAAUUAUCGUUGCAGUCCCAGUUCCUACCAGUUUCCUUCUGUCUCUGUACAAACAGGUGGUGCUGAAGCAAUAGAGAGAGGUGAAGUUGUUGUUGCAUCUCUCUUUAGGCUAUUGGUUUUCUUCAGUUUUGAUGAAUUGCUCUAAUUAUAGUGUAGUGUAGUAUUAUUUAUUUAUCAGUAUAAUUUUGUCAUCCCUAAUUUUCUCCCACAGCUAUUUAAUCAGUGCGAUAUAAUAUUUGUUGAUUUUGGUCCUAGGUUUCUUGAAUGCUGUACUUCACCCCAAUAGUUGUUUUACACUAUUUCAAAUGUAGUUCUUUACAUUAAA